AUGAAAAGUAUUACAAAAAUAUUUUUAAUUCUUGGUUUAUUUGCAUUCCUUUUAGUUGCAUUCGCUCCAAGUUCAAGUGUUGCCACUGUUAACCUUGAAAGUGAUGGAUACACAGAAGCUGAAGCAAAAUUAAUUGAAGAAAAGGGUGAAAAAUUCACUUUCCAAACUGAAGUCAAUAAAUUAAUGAAUAUUAUCAUUAAUUCCUUAUAUUCUAAAAAAGAAAUCUUUUUAAGAGAAUUAAUUUCAAAUGCAUCAGAUGCAUUAGAUAAAAUUAGAUUUUUAGCAUUAACAAAUGCAGAUUUAUUAGGUGAAGGUGAACAAUCAAACUUAGAUAUUCAUAUUAAAAUUGAUAAAGCUAAUAAUGUUCUCCAUAUUACUGAUAGAGGUGUUGGUAUGACUAAAGAUGAAUUAGUUAGAAAUUUAGGUACUAUUGCCCAAUCAGGAACUAAAGAAUUCAUAAAGAAAGUUAGUGAUUCAGCAGAAUCAUCCAAUUUAAUUGGUCAAUUUGGUGUUGGUUUCUAUUCAUUAUUUUUAGUUGCCGAUUCUGUUGUUGUAACCUCAAAGAGUAAUGAUGAUGAUCAAUACGUUUGGACAUCAGAUUCACAAUCAUCAUACACCAUUGCCAAAGAUCCAAAAGGUAAUACACUUGGUAGAGGUACUCGUAUUAGUCUUCACAUUAAAGAUGACUCUAAAGAAUUCUUAGAUCAAGAAGUUAUUAAACAACUCGUAAAGAAGUACUCACAAUUCAUUAAUUUCCCAAUUUAUUUAUACGUUUCUGAAGAAGUUGAAAUUCCAAAAGAAGAACAAGAAGAUUCAAAACCAAUCACCGAUGAUCAAGUUGAAGAAACUACCACCACCACAGAAGAAGGUGAAGAAGAGACUACAACCGAAGAAGAAGGACAAACUGAAGAAAAGAAAACUAAAACCGUUUAUAAAUGGGAAGAAUUAAAUGAUUCAAAACCAUUAUGGAUGAAAGCAGCAAAAGAUGUUACCAAAGAAGAAUACACUGAAUUCUUUAGAUCAUUAAGUAAAACUCAAGAUACACCAAUCACUUAUUCACAUUUUAAGACUGAAGGUGAUACUGAAUUCCGUUCAAUUCUUUACAUUCCAGAGAAUCCACCAUCAAAUAUGUUUGAUUUAGAAGCUGCCGGUAGUGGUCUUAAAUUAUUUGUACGUCGUGUUUUCAUCACUGAUAACCUUAAGGAAUUGGUUCCAAAUUGGUUAAGAUUUUUAGUUGGUGUUAUUGAUUCCGAUGAUUUACCAUUGAAUGUUUCUCGUGAAAUGUUACAACAAAAUAAGAUUUUAGAUGCCAUUAAAAAGAAGGUCAUUGGUAAAUUCAUUUCAAUGAUUAAAGAGUUAUCUGAAGAUGAAGAUAAAACCAAAUACAAUGAAUUCUUUAAGAAAUUCGGUUCUUCAAUGAAAUUAGGUGCCAUCGAAGAUCAAGCCAAUAAAAAACGUUUAACUAAAUACCUCUUAUUCCCAUCAAGUAAGGAAGAGUUAACCACUUUUGCUGGUUAUGUAGAACGUAUGAAAGAGGGUCAAGAUCAAAUUUACUUUAUCACUGGUAAAUCAAAGGAUUCCGUAGAAGCUUCACCACUCAUUGAACAAGCCAUUAAAAAAGGUUAUGAAGUUUUAUUCUUAGUCGAUCCAAUCGAUGAGUAUUUAGUACCACAAUUGGAUAAAUUUGACGAUAAAUACAAAUUCACUAAUCUUGCACGUAGUGGUGUUAAAUUCAAUGAAGACAAAGAGGAAGAGGAUCAACGUAAACAAACCGCCGAAGAAUUCAAACCACUCCUUUCUUACCUCAAAAAGACUCUCUCUGAUAAAUUGGAAAAAGUCGUCAUUUCAAAGGUUUUAGCUGAUUCACCAAGUAUUUUAGUCUCAAAUUCUUGGGGUGUCACUGCCAAUCAAGAACGUAUCAUGAAAGCUCAAGCUCAUCAAGCAAACGCUCAACCACAAUUCAAUUCAAAGAAAAUCAUGGAAAUUAAUCCUUCCCAUCCACUCAUUAAAAAACUCUUGAAUAGAUUGAAUGAAUUUGGUGAAGAAGAUGAAACUACCAAAGUUAGCGCUCAUGUUUUAUAUGAAACUUCUGCUCUUACCGCUGGUUAUUCCAUUGAUAAUCCAACAAACUUUGCCGAUUUCAUUUACAAAUUAAUGAUGAUUAAUGGUGAUAGUUUAGCUCAAACUAAUUUCGAAACCACUAAAAAUGAAAAUUCUGGUCCAUCAGUUUCAUUUGGUGAUGAUGAUGAAAAUCAACAACAAGAUUUCCAACAACCACCACAAUCAACCCAUGACGAACUUUAA